GGACGGCACGCCACCCCGGCCCGCGGGGCUGGCCAUCGCGCUGGCCUGCAUCCUCAUCUUCACCAUCGUGGUGGACAUCCUGGGCAAUGUCCUGGUCAUCCUGUCCGUGUACCGGGACAAGAAGCUCAGGAACUCAGGAAAUAUAUUUGUGGUGAGCCUAGCCGUUGCAGACCUGUUGGUGGCCGUUUACCCAUACCCUUUGGUGCUGAUGUCUAUAUUUAACAAUGGAUGGAACCUGGGAUCUCUGCACUGCCAAAUUAGUGGUUUCCUGAUGGGCCUGAGUGUCUUUGGCUCCAUAUUCAACAUCGCUGGGAUUGCCAUUAACCGCUACUGCUACAUCUGCCACAGCCUCAAGUAUGAGCAGCUGUACAGUAACAAGAAUUCCCUCUGCUACGUGCUUCUGAUAUGGAUGUUGACACUUGUGGCCAUUGUGCCCAACUUGCAGACUGGCACACUCCAGUAUGACCCAAGGAUCUAUUCAUGUACCUUUGCACAGUCUAUCAGCUCGGCCUACACGAUAGUGGUGGUGGUUUUCCAUUUCAUACUUCCUAUGGUCAUCGUCAUCUUCUGUUACCUACGAAUAUGGAUCCUGUUCCUUCAGGUCAGGCGAAGAGUGAAACCUGACAGCGAACCCAAACUGAAACCACAGGACUUCAGGAAUUUCAUCACCAUGUUUGUGGUUUUUGUCAUUUUUGCCAUCUGCUGGGCUCCUCUAAACUUCAUUGGCCUGGCUGUGGCCUCAGAUCCUGUCAACAUGGUACCCAGGAUCCCAGAGUGGCUGUUUGUGGCUAGUUACUACAUGGCGUAUUUCAACAGCUGCCUCAAUGCAAUCAUAUAUGGGAUACUGAACCAAAACUUCAGAAAGGAAUAUAGAAGAAUUAUAGUGUCACUGUGUACAUCCAAGAUGUUCUUUGUAGAUAGCUCUAAUAAUGUAGCAGAUAGGGUUAAAUGCAAACCCUCCCCAUUAGUGACCAACAAUAAUCUAAUAAAGGUGGACUCCGUUUAAAACAAGCAAAACAUUACUGAAAAGAUAAUGCACACAAUGCUCAAGAUCCCAUUCCUUUUUGUGUUUGCUUUCCUCAUAGGUGUAUGAAAAAACAGAGUGGUUAAGGAAAUUUCAGACUCUUAAGAGGUUCUCUCAGUAGUAUCUGAGCUAAUGCACUAUCAGUUUUGUGAACAAGUCUUUAAUUCUACUUAGAGAUCAAUUGAAGAAUAUGUUUCAGGCACAAGAGUUGAAGUAAAAUGCUGUGUGCGUUCAAGUGGAGAAAGACUGUGCAAAUUUUUAUUGUAAAUGACUGCCACAAAGGUGGUAAGUGCUCCCCAACCUUUACUUUCUAAAUUAUUUCUAAUAGGAGAAGAAAUAGAGUAUUUAUUGUUAAAUGAGCAAAUAGAACAAAAAAGGGAAAGUGAAAUGACUGACUCUUCUUACAG